UACAAGUGGAAGGUAUUAUGGCGUCAAGGGGUGGAUAACAAACCAACUUGGAUGAAGGGAUCGGUUUGGCUCGGGUUUAUUGUGUAUUGGACCCUGGAGAAAAAUGCCAAACGGAGCAAGACAAAUUCUAAAAACCGAAAUAGCGACAGGGGAGGUUAUGGAAUAUCCAAGCACACUUGCGGUUCAUGUCCAUAUAUUCGAAUGCGAGAAAACAUGCGAGAUGAAGUGACUGGUGAACUGCCGGAUAUGGUAACAUUCAUGGAAAAGACGCAUAAGAGGAAAUCCGAUGGCCUUUUUGUAGACAAAAAGGCUGAGCAUAUUGCUCGCAGAUGCAGAGCGCUUGAGGAAGAGAAGCUCACACAAAUGACCCAAGGCGAAGAAACUUGCGGUGAUCUCCAACUCACUCAAGCCGAAAAAAUGCCAUUUACGAUUCUGAGGUUAAAGUAACAAAAAAUGGUCGCCGUUUUGGGUAUGGAACAAUGGAUAUCGGUGAACCAAGUGGUCCAAGUUAUGCAACUCAAUCUCCGGAUUACAAAGCACUGUAUCUGGAGACACAAACAAAGCUCGUCCAAGUUACCAAUAAGUGUGAUGAGUUGUCUUCUCAAGUUGAAGAUGCUCAGUAUUGGAGUACUGUCAUGCGAAACAUGUUCCCUGAUCAUGUCCUACCCUCUCAAGCUGCAAGACAAGCUGCAACCGCUAAUAACACCUUCGAAGCCUAACGUGGUAUUUGUAGAAAUUUUUUUGUUUGUUAAAUAUGCUUUGUCAAAUUGGCUUGCAAAAUUUUUUGUUUCAACAAUGUGGUUUGUAGGUUGAAAGUUAUGUUUGCUGGAUGUUGUAAGAUAUUUUAAAUUAUGGUCUGUAAAAUAUUUUAUGUUUCAAUCCAAGUUAAACUUUAUUGAUGUAUUUUUAUAUGUUUGAAUGCAUUUGUCUUUCACUUUCAAAUAAACGUGAUUUUUACACCAAAAAACGUCAUAAUUUAGCCACAUUUUUCCCGACAAUCAACUAUAUUAUUUCCGACGUCUUCAUUCUCGAGAACACCUCUGUUAUUUCCGGCAAUUACACCGACUACUUUUCGUUAAACCAUAUUCAACGGUGCGGCAUAGGUAUUUAAUUACUGAUCAAUUUCCCAGAAACUAAACCGAUUACUUACCGACAGAAGACCGACAAUUACGUCGCCUCAGAAGACCAUCGGAAGUUACCGAGAACCAUCGAUUUGACCGACAAAAUUUUCACCUCAGAUAAGCAUCGGAAAUUACCGAGAACCGUUCCGACGAGAUUUCCGACAAAUGAGCUUCUAGGUAGUUUCCGACAGUUGACCGAUGACUACUCAUUUCCGAGACCCAAACUCCGACGUCUUGCGGUUUCUCGGCAACACAUCGGACUUAACUAAUUCCGACGAGAUACCCGUAAAUGUUACCGUCGCUAUUUGCUACUCUUUCUUGUAGUGCUAGAGUUUCUCUUCUUGAAAACUUGAUAGUGAAAACAGUAGAAAAUUAUCUAUCCACUCUGUU